CAGGAUCUCUCAACCAGUUUUUCAAUUCUGUCAGUUCGGUUUUUGUUCUUUUUCGCGUACGUUGUUCUUUUGUUCGGGUCCUUUCUGAGUUUUUGCACCGUUGCACGUUAUUUCUCGCUUACCGGUAAUGGCGUCGCGUUAGAAUUUAGCUUUUAUUUCGAUUGAUUCGCGAAGUAGUGCGUUAUAUCGGGCAUGGAAUUUAUGAAUUUUCUUCAGAUAAGUGGAAGAAUAAUUCGAGUAGCCAUUUUUUGAUCGUUUUCAAUGAAGAUCUACUCGAGUCAGUCUCCACUUUUCUGUUUCGCUGCGCGGUUAUUUUUUGGCGUCUGUUUAGCAAGUACGCCUUUUAAUUUCAAUAUUUCAUCGAAUUCGAGUUACUUCGGGUAAGUGGAAUAUAAAUCGAGUAACUAAGUAUUUGUAUAAUUUUUCCAAUGAAGAUUUGAGUUACUCGAACCAGUCUUCUCGUCUUUUCUCUUUGUGUCGCCGCACGUUUUUUUUUUGGCGUCUAUUCAUAAGUAGGUAGGCCUUAAUUCCGAUCUCACCUCGAACUCGAUUUUCUUCAGGCAUCAGGAAAAGGAAAUUCGAGUGGUAAUUUGCAUAGUUUUCACAAUGGAAGAUCUACUCGAGCCUGUCUCCACUCUUCACGCUUCUCUUUGUUUCGCUUCGCGUUUUUUUUUGUUUUUUGGCGUCCAUCUACCUCUAGGGUUAACUGUAGCCUAAGUACGCCUUCAUUUCAAUCAUAUACCUAGUACGAAAGUUACAUUUAUUCAACGACUCACGACUGAGAUUAUUUCAUGAGCAGUGAAUGCAACAGUAGGUAUAUCGAUGAAAAAUGAAAAUUGAAUACAAUCUUGAAAUGUUGAGUUGUUUUCAUACAUACAGGGUGCCCAGAAAUAUCGUGAACCCCUUAGAAAGUUUUUUAUUAAAAAUAUGGUUUUCUUUCGCUCAUCUCAUCAAUUGGGUUGGGAAAGAGGACGUAUUUUUGCAGCAUGAUAUAAACUUUUGUAUUUUCGAAAAUCCUCAUUUUCCCAACUCCCAAGUGCAACUUUUCCGAAUUUCAGCCCUGCUGCGUGAAAAAAACAUUUCAAAAAUGUCAUACGCUUUUUGCCUGAAAUACCAAAAAAGCGACAAAACUCGUUUUCAAAGUUGUCAAAAAGCCUCGUUUCUUUCCAAAAAUUUCUAUAAAUUGUGCUUGGAGAAAAUUCCGAUUAAUCUAAUUUUUUUUCUCUAAAAAACCCCUCAAGUCUCGCUUUUAUAGCAGAAAUUUAUUGAAAAAUUGCCUUAAAUGGAUAAAAAUAUCAUUAUCAAACGUGUAAAUAGGUACGGUUUUCUUUCAUUCAUCCCAUCAACGAAUUGGAGUCGGAGAGGGGACGUAUUUCCGCAGCAUGACGUAAUCGUUUGUAGUAUAUUUUCGAAAAUCCUCAUUUUCCCAAGUCCAACUUUUCCAAAUUUCAGACCAGCUACGAGAAAAAAAUUUAAAAAAUGUCACGCUUUUUGUCUAAAAUACCAAAAUAGUAACAAAUCUCGUUUUCAAAGUUGCCAAAAGUCUCGUUUCUUUGUAAAAAUUUCUGUAAAUUUCUUGGAAAAAAUUCCAAUCUCAUUUUUUUCUCAAGAAAAAAAACCUCAAGUUUCGCAUUUCUUGCAGAAAAAAUGAAAAAUUGCCAAAAAUAAAGAAAAUCAUCGAUUGCUUCCUUAACAGAAAUCGCAUAAGUUCAAUUUUUUACGAAACGUUUCGCUUUUUGAAUAAAUUGUUGAAAACUCAGACUUUUCUGCUUAAACUCAGCACCUCAAAGUUGAGCUUGUUCGCCUAAAAUUACCAAAAUGUCCCGCUUUGUACGAAAAAGUUGCAAAAAAUCUGAACUUUUUCGACAAAAGUUGCAAAAAAAUUUCACUUUUUUGCCAAUAAUUACCUAAACGUGUUUUUUUUUUUGCUAAACUAGUCUAGUCUCUUUUGUUCGCUUUUUCUUGACAAAAAUUUCCAAAAGCAUGUGCCACCUCAUGUCAAUAAUUCUCAUUCAACUGCUUUUUGCAAAAAGUGUCAAGGUCUCGCAUUUUGCAAAUUUACCUUACCGUUGAAAAUUCUCAUUCUCUUUCAGUAAAACCGUCGGAAUUUGCUGGAAUUAUCGUCGAAUUCUUUUUUUUUCUGUCAAAAAUACCAAAAAAUCUCGCUUUUUAUCAAAAAUGCUCUCCAAAGUUCAAUUGUUUGGGCAGAAGGUGAUUUUUAAAAUCAAUUUUUUCUUUCGUAUCAGCUUACUUGGUGUGAUUGGGGUAAUUUUUCAGGAAAUUUUGGGUUGUUCGAUCUACAUACAGGGUACCCAGAAAGAUAUCGAGUACCCCUAAGAAAUCCAACAACCAAUCAUGUGCUAUCAUUAUUAUCAUUCACUGUGACCAACCAAAGUAGUUUGGUAGAAAACUUUUUUAGGGGUACUCGAUAUUUCUGGGCACCCUGUAGUACAUACGAGUAGGUACUUUUAUUUCCCAAACCCAAGCGAAUUUCAACGCUUGUAUUUUUGUGAAGCAUUUUAGGUGAGGUGCGUGUAAAUGCGUAGUAGGUAUGUCUAUGUGUAAAGUAUUGAAUACAAUGCAGCUGUUAGAUAUCGUCGCGUCGUCCGUCGUCGUCUUCUUCUCAUAUUAUUCGAAUAUUCGCAGUCAGUUGUAUUUAUAUCUUAUCUCUGGUUUUUCCUCGAACUGGCUGUCCUUUUGUAUCGUGCAUUCGUGCAGGUUUCGUCGCUAAUCAUAUUUCGUUGCAAACUCUUUCUACGAGUAUCUCGAAAUUCGGUACCUUACGUUACGUGUGAGAUCGAGAUAGGCCUAUGUACUUCGAACAGUUCGAUUAUCGGUUCGGUUGCAACGUGAAUUUUUUGCAUUUUUUUUUUCGAUCGAAUUCAACGAACGCGAAUAUUUUUUCAAAUCGCGAUCGAAUUCUAAUUACAAACUACAACCGAGAACCUGGGACCCGGACCUGCUAAAGUUGCUGCCAAUCAUCGAUCCUGGUUUUCUAUAGUGGUUAGUACCGCUGACGUUGGUAUUCAAAAUAAUUACGCGUAUGUAAUGUACACGCAGAUGCAUCGUCAUCAAUUCUGUAGAUUAUCGUAUCACGAUGAUGGAGCUUGGCUAAUGAAUAUGUGGCGGUUGCUGCUUUCGCGGAUUUCGAUCAUAUUGGAUUUCUCGUUGGGAAGAUUGUUUACAUCGAGGUUAUGAAACGGAAUGAAUUAAGAAGAAUAGCAGCAUCAGCAGCAGCCGACGAAUACAGAAGAAGAAGAAAGCGACAACGCUACGGAAAUGAAUUUACUAAAUAUGGACGCGGAAAACCGCGUCGUUUUGAAUGUGGGCGGCAUUCGUCACGAGACGUACAAGGCUACGUUGAAGAAAAUCCCGGCCACGAGGCUUUCGCGACUCACCGAAGCCCUGGCUAAUUACGAUCCCGUUUUAAACGAGUAUUUCUUCGACCGGCAUCCUGGUGUUUUCGCUCAAGUUCUCAACUAUUACAGGACAGGAAAAUUACAUUAUCCGACUGAUGUAUGUGGACCAUUGUUCGAAGAAGAAUUAGAAUUUUGGGGCUUAGACGCUAAUCAAGUUGAACCCUGUUGCUGGAUGACGUAUACUCAGCACAGAGAUACGCAAGAGACCUUGGCGGUGUUAGAUCGAUUAGAUUUAGAUACGGAGAAACCCAGCGAUGAAGAAAUGGCCAGAAAAUUCGGCUUCGAAGACGCAUUUAUCAGGGGUAGACUGUCGUGGUGGCAACGUAAAAAGCCCUACUUGUGGGCGUUGUUCGACGAACCUUAUUCAUCAACUGCUGCCAAAGUAAUCGGCAUCGUAUCCGUGUUUUUCAUUUGUAUUUCCAUUAUAUCUUUCUGCCUAAAAACGCAUCCAAACAUGAGGGUACCAAACGUGCGCAACAUUACCGUAGACACACCGACCAACGUGACCGCAUGGACGUUAGACAAGGUGGCCACAAAUGCUCACGAUGCGUUUUUUUACGUCGAGUGCGUAUGUAACGCGUGGUUCACGUUCGAGAUAGUGGUUCGUUUCAUGACAUCGCCGAAUAAAUGCGAUUUCAUCAAAGCUACUGUAAAUAUAAUCGAUUACAUCGCAACGUUCAGCUUCUACAUUGAUCUGGCGCUGCAGAAAUUCGCAGCCAACCUGGAGAACGCCGAUAUCUUAGAGUUCUUCUCUAUUAUACGUAUCAUGAGAUUAUUUAAACUGACCAGGCACUCGUCCGGGCUGAAAAUCCUCAUGCAAACGUUCCGAGCAUCUGCCAAGGAGCUGACUCUAUUAGUAUUUUUUCUAGUUUUAGGAAUAGUUAUAUUCGCCAGUCUUAUAUACUACGCGGAACGAAUCCAAACCAAUCCGCACAACGAUUUUAAUAGCAUACCAUUGGGACUUUGGUGGGCUCUGGUCACCAUGACCACAGUGGGCUACGGUGAUAUGGUACCGAAAACUUACGUCGGUAUGUUUGUCGGCGCCCUAUGUGCUCUGGCCGGUGUACUAACCAUCGCCUUACCAGUUCCAGUCAUCGUAAGCAACUUCGCCAUGUACUAUUCGCAUACGCAGGCCAGGGCUAAGCUGCCCAAGAAACGUCGACGAGUUCUGCCCGUUGAACCGACCAGAGGACCUAGACCGAUAGGAGCACCUGGAUCUGGACCUGUGCAGCCUGGAUUCGGAUCUGGGAGCAGUUGCGGAGGUGGCGGUGGACCUGGCAGUGGUGGAGGUGGUGGUGGUCCUGGAGGAAUGCCUUCCAGUCAACCGCUGACGAAUAGGCGGAUGAACGCUAUUAAACAAAACCAUCCCAAGGAUAUAAUGGGAGUGGGACCAAAGCCAGCAGUUGGCGUCACGAUGACAUUAAACCCAAACGGAGUAGGAGUUAAAGCUGAACCGGUCAACUUUAACCACUAAGAAAAUCAAACGAAUUCAACCAUAUCAAUCAAUAGAACCAACGUACGAUAAUACUACCUUACCUACCAAUUGGCUGCCAAUAUUUAUGUACUUCUUUGAAACCACCUAUCAUCAACAUCAGCAUCAUAAUCAUCAUGGUAGAAAUUACGUAAAAAGAAAAAAAUCAUUUUCUUUUAAAGACAUAUCACAAUAAUUGUAAACUUAUUAAACAAACAAAAAUCGAACUGGUUUUAUGUGUAAUGUUAUAUAAUUGUUUUUGUUUUACCAAUUUUUUUUUUUUUUUUGGUCGUUAUAAAUGUGUACUUUAUCUAUAUACGAAAACGUUGCGCGAAUUAUCUACUUUCUUUCAUCAUAUUUUUGUUUUUUCGUUCUUGUUUUGUAUUAUGUAAAUGUUAAUUUUAUACUCGCUUUUCACGUUCGAGAAAACAAUAAUUAAUAAGUACCUACCUAUUUAAUUUUUGUUUCCCCUACUUCUAUUUUACAUACCUACCCAAUACCUAUAUAAACUUGUACCUGUACAUUGUAUAGUGGCCGAUCCAGCGCUAUAUAUAUAAAAAGCUCGAUGUGCGUUUUAAAAUACUACCUACCUACCUACUUGUACCUACCUAUUUGUUAUAUUUUCUCGAUUUAUAUAAGCGCUCGUGUUCCCUAAACCGAACUGACGACAUCUCUGUCUUGCAUUUAGUCUUUCUUUACGUACCUAUUUAUUUUUUUUCUCUCUCUCUCUUCCUUAUACUACUAUGCUUCGCGUUUUAUGUACGAGAAUUUUUUUUUUUGUUUUUUCAUUAAGAACAACGAUGUCGAAGACAACAACAAAAACAACCAUAAAUGCUGCAGCAGCGAGCAAUGCCUCCAUUAUAUUGCUAAAAAGCCUUUUAUCGCAGCUGAGAGAGUAUCACGAAUAGACUAUCGAGGGAGAGAAGAGGGGAGAGGUGAUCAUGUCGGAUAAUUAGUCAAGUGGCAGAGCCAAAGUGCCACUUUUGAGCUCGUCAAAUCGUAACAAUAUUAUGACAUUUUCACCAAUCUGCGGCCAAAGAUGUUAGAAUUGCGUUGUUUUGUAGCUACUAUAUGACAUUAAAUAUUUGUAUGUGAAGGGUUGAUGAGGAUGAGAACGAAGUGGGGGGGAGGGGGAGGGGAUGAGGAAAGUUAACUGUGUAUAGGAAAGUUGCGUUGAGUGAUUGGACGCGCAUUAUGUAUUAUCGAUAUGCUAGUUUAUCGUGUGUUGAAUUAAAGAACUCGCGUGUAAUAAUAAUACCACCACCAGCCUAACCUAACCUACCCAUCGAGUAUGUAGAUAAACGCGUAAAUGGCAUCGUUUCCUCGAACGCGCUCGUAUAUUUCGACGAUGAUAAGUUUUCUAUGUAUAGUCGAUUUUUUUUUUUGGCUCAUUUAAAACGUUCCGAUAUGAUGAUACAAUUUUCGUUCGUAAAGGUAAAUUAUACGCUGGCAGGUUAACAGGGGGUGAGGAAAUAUCGACCUGGUUAAUUGUGAUACGGUAAGGAACGAGAAUGUAUUGUGAAAAAAUACCUUACAAAGUGUAAAGGGUGUUUUAGGGUAGGAGUGGCUCCUUCCGGUUGGUAGCUAUGCAAUUAUGUGUUGAGUUUAUGUGGUAAUGUUUGCCUAUUCUUCGAGUUGCUGUAAUCAUUCUAGAAGAGGGGGGGGGGGUAUUUUUUAUUUUUCUGAUGAAAUUUGCGAAAAUUAUUUCUGAAGAUGAGCAACGAGUGGGUCGUUUUACAACUUUUUUCAACUUUUGAUGGGCCUUAGAAAAAAAAUCAUGGUCAAAUGACCUCAAUAAGACGCAGGAGAAAUUUCGAAUUUUUUGGUCAACGUUUGACCUCCCUCUCCCUACCCAUCUUGAGCUCAAGGUUUUGAAAAUGGGUCGAAAAAAAAAUUGCGAUUCUUUUUCAGCUUAGUUGGUUUUAUUCGUGAUCUUGAUCACGUUCAAAUGUGAAUCAGAUGUUAAAUUCUGAUUUUACCAUUGUGGAGAUGGUUAAAAAAUUAUCACAUCUUAAUGAAAAAAAAACAAACUGUUUGAGAACUCCUGCAUUUCGCAAAAGUGAACUUUGAACUUUUGUAAUGGCAUGAAAUCCAUCACAUGCAAGAACUACAGAUGUCAAAAAACCACCUUAACUGAAAAAAAAAUGCAUAUAACUUAACAAAUUGAAAUUUUUUCAAAUUUUGAAAACUUUGAGCUCGAGUCAGAGAGGGGGGAGGGGAUCAAACAUUGACCUAAAAAUUUUAAAUUUUUCCUAUAUCUUAUUUAGGUUAUUUGGCUAUGAUAUUUUUUGCUAGGGUUCAUCAAAAUUCGAAAAAUGUUGAAAUACGACAGCAGCCCUUUCCAACGAGCUAUGCCAUUUUUUUCAAAAAAAAUCUUACCAAAAUUCUAUUCGAAUUCUUGUUAUUAUGAUUCUACUCUUUCUUUGAAACGUGGAUUUUUUAUUUAAAUUAAGAAACUAAAAUUUUUUACCUACCAAUUAUCGGAUGGUUGAAAAUGUGAUUUUUUAAAAUUUCGCAUUCGCUUCGCCAAGGUAUUUUAAAGUUUUUGAAAAUAAUGAGAUGCAAUAUUACGAAUUUCGUUUUAUUAUUUUUGGAAUCAAUUUUUUUUGGAACUUUUUUCAAAAACAAUACUAAGGUAGGUACCUACUUACAUUUUUAUGGCUCAAACUACACAAUUUUUGGAGAAUGAGAGGAAGAGAAGGAUACAUUUAAAAUAGAAAACCCAAUUAAAUCGUAAUUUCUGUGAAUGAUCAGUGCCCUCCUCCCCUUUCAAACCAUAACUUCGAAAAUUCACAAUAAAAAAAAUAAUUCAUUUUCCAAAUUCACGUUCUUUUUUUUUUGAAAUUUGCUCUGUAACAGAGUUGGAGCCAAAGAGGCAAGCAUUUGAAAAUUUUUAGAAGAGAAAAUGUUCAAUAUAGAAUCUGAAAUUGCCCUUGGAGACGAACAAAAAAAGUUCUUCAACAGCGUAUAGCCCAUUUUCAAAAUAUUGGAGGAAUAAUUUUUUUCAAUUGUGAAGAUUGGAAAUAUUUUGUUGUAGAAUUUUUUUGAAUUCGCCUUCAAAAAUUACAUCAAAAUUCGUAUUCGAAGUCAGAAAAAAAUCCAAACUUUUCCCUCAACUUUCAUCUGAUAGAAUAUUAUGGUGAGGUUUUCAGUCCUUUGCCUUUCCUCUGGUUUAGGUACUCAGCUGGGCGUAGGGGGGGGAUUUUUAUUUUUCUGAUGAAAUUUGCAAAAAUUACUUUUUGAGAUGAGCAAUUGGGUGGAUCGUUUUUCAACUUUUUUCGAAUUUUGAUGAACCUGGCAAAAAAUUGAGGUCAGAUUAAUCUCGAUGAGAUGAAGGAAAAAUUUCGAAUUUUUUGGUCAACGUUUGAUCCCCCCUCUUCCACCCAUCUUGAGCUCAAUGUUUUGAAAAUGUGUUGAAAAAAUUGUUUUCCAAUUCUUUUACAGCUUAGAUGGUCUUAUUAACGCUCACUAUCACGUACAAAUAAAAUGUGAAUCAGAUGUUAAAUUCUGAUUUUACUAUGCUAAAGAGAUGAUAACAAAAUUAUCACAUUUUAAAGAAAAAAACAAAUUGUUUGAAAACUCCUACAUUUCUCAAAAAUGAACUUCGAACUUUUCUAAUGGCCUGAGAGCGAUCAUAUGCAAGAACUAAACAUGUCAAAAAACCAACUGAUCUGAAGAAAAAAGCAUAAAAACUUGAACAUUUGAAAACUUUGAGCUCGAUUUAAGGAGUGGGAAGGGGGAGGUCAAACGUUGACCAAAAAAUUUGAAAUUUUUCCUGUGUCUUAUUGGGCUAUUUGGCUAUGGUACAUUCCAUCAAAAUUCGAAAAAAGUUGAAAUACGACCCUUUCUAAUCAGCUAUGCCAUUUUUUUCAAAAAAAAACUUACCAAAAUUCCAUUAAGUUCUGUAACUGUAAAAUUCAUACUCAAAAUUAGAUGAAGAACUUUUAAAACUUUGAAGAUUGGUAAUUUUGUCGUAGAAUUAUUGUUUUCAUUUCGCCUUCAAAAACUAUUUCAAAAUUCAUAUUUGAGGUAAAAAAAUCCAAACUUUUUCUUCAAUUUUUAUCUGACAGAAUACGUAUGGUGAAGGUGUGAGUCCUUUUCUUUUCCUCUGGCUUAGGUACUCAGCGAGGGGAGGGGGUAUUUUUAUUUUUCUGAUGAAAUUUGCAAAAAUUACUUUUUGAGAUGAGCAAUUGGGUGAAUUGUUUUUCAACUUUUUUCGAAUUUUGACGGGCUUAGCAAAAAAUGGAGGCCAGAUGACCUCGAUAAGACGCAGGAGAAAUUUCGAAUUUUUUGGUCAACGUUUGAUCCCCCCUCCUCCACCCACCUUGAGCUCAAAGUUUUGAAAAUGUGUUGUUCAGCUUAGAUGAUCUUAUUAGUGCUCACUGCUCACUAUCAAGUGCAAGACGUGUAAAUCACUUGUUCAAUUCUGAUUUUACCAUCGUAAGGAGAUGAUUACAAAACUAUCGCAUUUUAAAGAAAAAAAGACAAAUAUUUUGAGAACUCCUUCGUUUUCGCAAUAAUGAACUUUGAACUUUUCUGAGGGUCUGAAAGCGAUCAUAUGCAAGAACUAAAGAUGUCAGAAAACCACUAGAACUUGCAAAAAAAUCAUAAAAACUUGAGAAAUUUAAAAUUUUAAAAUUUUGAAAACUUUGAUCUCGAGCUAGAGAGAAGGGGAGGGGGGUGGGUCAAACGUUGACCAAAAAAUUUGAAAUUUUCCUUCAUCUUAUUGAGGGUACUUGGCGAUGAGUUUUCGCUAGGGUACAUCAAAAUUCGAAAAAAGUUGUAUUACGACCCUUUCUAAUAAACAACUAUAAUGCCAAUUUUUUUAAAAAAAAUCUUACCAAAAUUUCAUUCAUUUCAAUUUUCUAAGUUAAUACUUCUUGAUUAUGAUGAUUAAGAAUGUUAUUUUUUAAAAUUUCGCAUUCGCUUUGCCAAGGCAUUUUACAGUUUUUGAAAGUGAUGAUGAGAUACAAUAAUAUUAUAAAUUUCGUUUAUUAUUUUUGGAAUCCAUUUUUUUUCUUGGAAAUUGAAAAAAAUUGGUCUAUACUCACAUUUGUGACUCAAACACUAAGAUUUUUGGAGAAUGAGGAAGAGAAGGAUGCAUUUAAAAUAGAAUACCCGAUUUAUUCGUCAUUUCUGUGAAUGAUCAGUGCCCCCCACCCUCUUCAAACCAUAACUUCGACAAUUUACAGUAAAAAUAAAUGCAUGUUGUUUUUUUUUUUGAAAUUUGCGCAGUAAGAGAGUUGGAGCCAAUGAGGCAAGCAUUUAAAAAUGUUGAGAAGAGGAAAUGUUCAAUAUAGAACCUGAAAUCGCCUUUGCUGACGAACUAAAAAAGUUCUUCUACAGUUAGCUCAAUUUCAAAAUUAGAGGAAUAUUUUUUUUUGAAUUUUGAAGAUUGGUAAUUUUGUUGUAGAAUUUUUUUCGUAUUUUCUCCUUCAAAAACUGCACCAAAAUUCGUAUUCGAGGUAAAAAAAAAAUCUUCAACUUUUCCCUCAGAUUUCAUCUAAAAGAAUGAAGCUGGGGAGUGGGGAUACCUGGUGCGACGAGUAAAAAAAACGUAAGAAGAACAAGUUGCCUAUCUUGAAAAUUGAAGGGGCAAAAUACGUUUUUAAAAUCCAAGAGCCAAAAUCCAAUUUUGACAAUGAUGGUCGGUAGUACAUACUUUGAAAAAUGAACAAAAGUACAUAAUAUUAUUAUGAUUUUUUGUCCAACUUGCAAAUUGAAGAGGCUGCAGAAGAUUGUUAAUUUCAAAAUUUGGUUUAAAAAAAAAAUAAAUGCGGAAAUAAACAAUUUUUGUUAUGAUCAUUUUUUUUCUUACUCUGUAAUUUAAAAAGUUUUUGAAGCUCAACAAUUCCCGAUUUACUAAAAAUCUCAUUAAAUUUACAAUUUUUGAGCUUUAAACACUUUUUAAAUUUUAGAGUAAGAGAAAAAAAUGAUUAUAACAAAAUUUGUUCAUUUUUUGACAUAAUGUAAUAUUCAUUUUCGCAUUUAUUUUUUUCAUCGCGAUUUUUUGAAAUUAAAAAUCAGUUGUAGCCUCUUCAAUUUGCAAGUUUGGCAACAAGUCAUAACGGGUCAUUUUGUUCAUUUUUCAAAGUACUAUUGACUCCCAUGGUUUAGGUACUCAGCACAGUUGUUAAAAUUACGAGGUUGAAAAUAUUUUUAAAAAUUUUUAAUGUAAAUUUUUUCAUCACUCAGCAUUCUCAACAAUGUUCCUAGAACAAUGAUGAAGUUUGGUGAACAUUAUCACAUGAACGCAAUACUCGUAUGAUUUGCUGCUGUGGUUAGAAUUCUGGAAGGGCAGUCUUCUACUCUUGAAUCCUGGAGUGGGGGGGGGGCAGUUCGAAUCACAUUGAUGAAAAAAUAUCGCUGAAAAGAAAUACGAGCGUGUUCUAAACAUACUUAUAGGUCUAGGUAUCCAAAGUAGAUAUUCGGUGCGCGUUCAAAUCGAAGAUUAUAAUGCCAUUGCCUGUGCAACGGCGAUGGAAUUUUUUUGAGGAUAGAAAUUACGCCAAAAAGGUCGAUAGCGUCACUGCCUUUUUCAUUGAAAUUUUUACGGCACAGUUACCAUUUUAGCUAAGAUAUGAAAUUACCUACGUUUAAUUUCGUGUUUCAAAAUUAUAUUGUGCAUUUAUAGCGUGCAUAUUAUUUGUAAAGUAUGAGCACCUUAAAGGAUUUUGUUAAGUUACCUCAAUAAUAUGGGUUACACCAUCUAGAUUGUUAUUUUUUUUGCAGCAGAGGGGAAAGAAGGGAGCUAGACAAGAUCCAGUCUCUGCUUUGGUUGAAAAUGAAUAAUAAAAAAAAAUAUACUUAUAAAAAAUAAAAAAAUUGAGCUCAUUUUCAACAUAAAUAAUUUACAUUUUGUGUAUUAUAAAUAUGCAAACUCAAUAGAUUCUCAUAACUUGCAUACAAAACUAUGUAAGUGUAUAAUUUUUUUUUUUUUAGAAUUAUGUAAUCAAAAAAAAAAUCACUUCUUGUGUUGAACAUGGUUUUAAAACGAAAGUAGCCUACACACGAGUGUUUUAAAACCACUGAUUGAUGUCUAGGAAAUUCAAUUUUUCUGUUCUUGUAUUUUGUUUGUUUUUUUUCCAUCACACUAUUUUUUUCCAGAUUUUUCUCUCUUUUAUUUAUCUAUUUUUUGUUGAAUAAAUCGAACAAUUUUAGUGAAUUAAGAUUAGCAUUGUUUUUAACAAUUUUUUUAUGAUUUUAUUUUUAACGAAAUAUUUAGAUAUUAUUUUUGUAAGUAUUUCAAUUUUAAUUGAAAAAUAUAAUCAAAAGUGUUGAAAAGUAUAAAUGUA